GCGGCGGGGGUCGCGGGCAUGGCCGAGGCCAGGAAGAGGCGGGAGCUGCUGCCGCUCGUCUACCAGCAUCUCCUGCAGGCCGGCUACGUGCGCGCGGCGCGGGAAGUGAAGGAGCAGAGCGGCCAGAAAAGUUUCCUGGCACAGCCUGUAACCCUUCUGGACAUCUACACACACUGGCAACUAACCUCAGAAGUGGGCCAGAAGCGCAAGGCCGAAGAGGAUGCGGCACUCCAGGCCAAGAAGACCCGGGUAUCAGACCCCACCAGCAGCUCGGAGAGCUCCGAAGAGGAAGAGGAAGCAGAAGCAGAGACACCCAGAACCACCCCAAGAUUAUCACUGACCAACUCUUCAGCCUCACGGACAGUUUUGUCUGCAAGCUUGAAAGAAAAGGCCCCGACCAAGAAAACCAACAUAAUGGUGAACUCCGUGGCACUUCCUACAUCUGGAAAGACAGUGGCCCAGCUUCUGUCUGGGAAGUCCCCUAGAAAGUCAUCAGAGCCAUCAGCAGACACCAUCUUGGUCUCAGAAACUGAGGAGGAGGGCAGCAUGCAAACUAUUAGCACCACUGUCCAGCCCGGAGUGACACCAGUGGGCCAGUCCAGCAGCUCCAGUGACAACACUUCCAGUUCCAGCGAAGAAACAGACAUAGAGGUGAAACCUUCAGUGAAUGCUGCCCAGGCCAAAGCCUCUCCAGCGCCUACCAAGGUGUCUUCAGGGAAAAAGGCAGCUUCUACCCCUGGGAAGGCUGCUGUGACACCCCCAGUCCAGCUGAGCACAGUCAGCAGGACGAAAAAGCAAGAAGAGGACUCAGAGAGUACUGAGGAGUCUGAGAGUGAGGGGCUCCCUGUGGCAACACCCAGCCAGAAGGUCUUACAGCCCUCAGAGAAGACUGGCCAGGUUCGAGGUUCCUUGGGUCUUGUCAAGGGGACCCCUGGUAGAGGAACCAUGCCGACAGCCCCUGGGAAGGCAGGGAGGCCAGAGGAGGACUCGGAGAGCAGCAGCGAGGAGUCAGACAGUGAGGAGGAUGAGACUCUGACUACCAAGUCCCUGCCUCAGGCAAAGCCUUCGAGGAAGUCCAUCCAGGUCCAAGUUGCCUCGCGCCUCGCCAAGGAGUCUCCUCAAAAAAGGACUCCUGCACCCACAGGCAGGACCAAACCUGCAGCUGGCCAGGCCCAGCAGCAGCAGCAACAGGAAGAUAGCAGCAGUGAUGAGACGCACAGCAGGCGAGCUUUCUCUACGGCCAGAGUGCCCCCUGCUCAGGCAAAGCUUUUGGGCAAAAGUCCCCAGAGCAGAGAGAACACGGGGCUCCCAGAGAAGAGAGCAGCACCCUCUGUAGGGAAAAAGGAGGAAGAUUCUGAGAGCAGCAGCGAGGAGUCAGAUGACAAGGGGGCCACUUCCACAGCUGGGACCUUGGCCCAGGCCAAGACCUCGGUGACAACCCCUCAGGUCAGAUUUGCCCCCGUCCCCACCAAGAGUUCUCAGCAGUGCCAAGAAAGCAGUUCGGAGUCCUCGGACAGUGAGGAGGAAGCUGCCGCUCUGACUCCAGCUCAGGCAAAACCAGCUCUGAAAACACCCCCAACCAAGGUGUCUCCAAGAAAGAGCACCCCUGCCACCCCUCCACCCAGCACAGUCAGCACAGCCAGAGUAGGCACUCCCACGCCCUGGAGAGCGGGAACUUUGGCCUCCCCAGCUGUGACCAAGGGCACCCAAAAGGCAGAGGAAGACUCUUCAAGCAGUGACGAAUCUGAGAGUGAGGAGGAGACAACUGCUACAGCGGUGGGACAGAUACAAUCUGUGAGAAAAAGCCUGCCCACAAAAGCUGCUUUGAUGCCGACCAAAGGAGCCUCGGAGCAGGUGACAACCCCUGUACUCCCACGGAAGGCUGGGCCUUCAGCAACCCAGACCAGGACUGAGAUGUCCGAAGACUCGUCAAGCAGUGAAGAGGAAUCGGACAGUAAAGAAUCAGCUAAGACUCCACCCCAGGCAAAGGCUUCGGUAAAAACCCCACAGACAAAAACUACCCCAGCUUCAUCUCCCAGAGCAGCUUUACCUAAAGGGGCCACAGCGUCCAGAAAAACAAUCACUGCAGCCGCCCAGGCCGAGCAGGAGUCCCCAGUCAAGGUGAAACCCACAGCCAAAACUCCUCAAAGCAGUGCUCUCCCCACACGAAGCCCGGUGUGUGUGCAGGCUACCAGCAAGGGAGUAGUGGCCACAGCACAAGUCCCAUCAGCACCUGUUGUAGCUGAGGAGGAGUCAGACAGCAGUGAGGGAGAGGCACCUACUUUGGUGAAGCCCCCAGGAAUGAAUUCCCAGCUCAGAACUGCUUCAGUCCCUGCCAAGGGGCCCCCCAGAGAAAGGACUGGCCCAUCAUCCACUGGAAAGGCAGGCCCCACAGCCACUCAGGGAGGGAGGCACCAGGAGGACUCGGAAAGCAGCAGUGAAGAGUCUGACAGUGAGGAGGAGGCCACAGGGAACAUCAUCCAGAAGGAGGAUAACCCCAAAACUUCCAAAAGGAAGAGCCCGGCCUCAGUGGCCCAAAAGAAGAGCCCAAAGGAGUCCUUGGAGAGCAGCGAUAAGUUGCCAGCAAACCAGGUGAUUAAACUCCCUAUGAUUUUUGUCGACUCUAAUCGUAGUCCAGCUGGCCCAGCAGCUGCCUCUGCACGAACCCAGGCUGCAGGCAGCCCAAGGAAGGCCCGGGCCUCGGCGAGCACGGCCAGGAGCUCCUCCUCAGAGAGCGAGGAUGAGGAUAUGAUCCCUGCCACGCAGUGCUCCGUUCCUGCCAUUAACCUCAGUAUGGUGAGUGAGCCCACGACCCCCACAAAGAGCACCCCCAAAGCCACUGUUUCUGGGACGAGCCUCGCCAAGACCUCCAGCCGGAUCAUGGAUGGCAAGAACCAGCAGGCAGCAGGCACGCAGGUGACAAAGAAGAAGCAAACCAGCCUCCCAUUGACCCAAGCUGCCCUCAAGGUUCUUUCCCAAAAAGCCAGUGAGGCCCAGUCUCCUGCUGCCAGGACCCCAUCUUCAGCUGGGGUGGACAGUGCUCCGAGGACCCACCCUGGGACCACAUCUCAUGGUACCGCCACACAGGCCUCUGUCGCUCCCAAGCCCAGAAAAGCUGAGGUUCCUGCAGUCUCUCAGGCUAUCACUUCCUCCAGUGACAGUGAUAGCAGCAGUGACAGUUCUUCAGAGAACGAGGAGGAAAAGCAGGGGCCCCAAAGGGCCCAUUCGGCCUCCAGCCUGGGUGCGGCUUCAAGCAGGGAUACAAUCAUGGAGGAGUCCUCAGCAGAAUCCAGUGAGGAAAAGAUACAAGCGCCCUCCCAGUCUCUCCUCUCAGGUUGUGUGACCCCUCAGCCGACUUCAGCCACUUUCCAUUCUUCCAAGGCCAAUCCCAGGUCAGACCCCAGUGCCUUGGGUUCUUCUACUCUGGUCACCAAAGAUGCUUCCAAUGGCAAGCAGAGGGCAGAGCCCCAACACGCAACAACUGUCAUCUCACCUAAAGCAGGCAAUAGAGAGUCAGGCACCACCUCUCAGACACCCCGGAAGCCCAAGAAGCCCAAGAAGGGAUCUUUGAGCCCCCAGGCCUCAGUGGCAGCUCUGAAGAAUGAUAUUGAACAGCGGCUCUUGAGUGAACUGUGGCCCCUGAGUGAGACACAAGUGCAGGCCUCCGUGGUGAAGAUGUUGGCUGAGCUUCUGGACCAGGAGAGAAGGAAGGCCCUGGAGGUUACCAAGGACAGUAGUGGCCGCUCGGGCCUCAAACGGAAGCUGCAGGGGGACCAGGCAACUACCAAAGUCCCCGAGAAGAAGAAGAAGAAGAAACAGCUGGAAGCCAGGGAAGGUGGGGAGAGUGCUGUCACUCCAGAAAAGAACCUCAGGACUGCAAAGGGGAAGCCCAAGAAAGACAGACCGAGUGGUGACUUGAAGAAGAAGAAAAAGAAGAAGGCAGGUUCCGGCUCUCAGGAGACCAAGGAGAAGCCAGAAGGCGUGCAGGGGCAGGCAACUGUGGAAGGUGUCAGCUCAAAGGACAAGAAGGAGAAGAGGAAGUCCAACAAAAAAACAAAAGACAAGGAAAAAAAGGAAAAGAAGAAAGCAAAAAAGGCCUCAACCAAAGAUUCCAGUUUACAAUUGCAGAAAAAAAAGAAGAAAAAGGUACAGUGA